AUGGCGAAUUUAUUUUUCUUCAAAUUAAUGUGUAUGACCUGUUUGUUCUCUUAUGCAAACACGGAUGAUACUUCCCUGAAUUCAGUAAGAGGUUUAAGCUUUAAUUUCCCUAAAUUCAGGGCUUCGGAAACAGAUGGAAAUCGGCCCUGCAAAAGAGAUAGAAUUUGUUUAUUGGGUGACGCUACAGUCUCUGAUAAUGUUGUCCAUCUUACAAACAGUAACAGCUUACAUUACAACAAAUUGAAUCAAUCAUCAGGCAGAAUUGUUUAUAAGGAGACUAUUCAGCUUUCGUCUAUAGCCAAUUUCAGCGCUCACUUUGCCUUUUCUAUGUACUAUCAUAAAGAGAAUUCUCAGGGCGACGGAAUAGCCUUCUUUCUUUCAUCUGAAGGAUCGGCUUAUAAUAUUCCACAAUUCACAACUGAAGGUCGGUUUGGUCUUGUUGGAGAUGUACUUGAUAAGUUACCUGAAUUUUUUGCCGUAGUGUUUUCAAGUCUGCAGGAGACAGUUGGAACUCUUGCCCAUAGUUUUUCAGAUGCUCAUUAUUUGAAAAACGGUAGCUUUCCUGGUCUAAACAAUGGGACAAGAUGGGAUGCGUGGAUUGACUACAACAGCCAGGAACUCAGAGUAUAUCUUUCUAGUGGUUCUCAUAGUUUGAAGUCCCGUAAAAAUUGCAUUUUAUCACAGAAUGUAAGUUUGUCCAAAUAUCUUAGUGGAAAUGUCUCUAUAGGCUUCUCGUCUGCAACUCUAGGCUCCAAUGAGACCCACAAUAUCUUUUCAUGGAGCUUCAACAGCAGCAUCUAUUCGAUAUUUAGCAGAAUGGAUUUCAACAGCACCUUGUACUCAAACAACACUUCAGUGGGUUUCAACAGCAAUGCAACUGGUUCAGAGAUGAGCUCUAAGGGAAAAGUCCAAAAACAAGUAAGCAUUUCAACAAAAUUAUUGCUGGGUGUUGGAUGUGGCUUUGUGGCUUGUAUUGCAGGUACAUUGUGGGGUUACUUUUCUUUCCUUAGAAGAAAGAGAGCUGCACCCAUCACAAGACAAAAGUUAGCAGAUAUAGAUCUUGAGAAGUUUCUUUACCAUAUUCCCCGACACUUUAAGCUGGAUGAUCUCACGGCCGGAACUAACAAUUUCAGUGAAACUCUAAAGCUUGGGCAAGGAGGAUUCGGAGGAGUAUACAAAUGCAAUCUUGCUCAAACAAAUGAGAUUGUGGCUGUGAAGCGUAUCUCAGAAGGUUUAAAGCAGGGGAUUAAGGAAUUCAUUUCAGAAGUGAGUAUAGUUAGUCGUUUGAGACACCGGAAUCUUGUUCAACUCUUGGGAUGGUGUCAUGAGUUAGAUCAGUUGUUUUUGGUUUAUGAAUAUAUGUCUAAUGGAAGCCUGGACAGACGUAUCUUCACCAGAGGAAGAAGAGAAGAAGAGUCUCAAGUACUGCAGUGGAGUACCAGGUAUAAAAUAGUUAGUGAAAUAGCAAAUGCAUUGUUGUAUCUUCAUGAAGAGUGGGAUGAAUGUGUUGUGCACAGAGAUGUGAAAGCCAGUAAUAUUUUGCUGGAUAGAAAUUUCGAUGCAAAGAUUGGAGAUUUCGGCUUAGCACGCAUGGUGAAGCAUCAGCGUCUAGCUCAGACCACCCAAGCUGCAGGAACAUUGGGAUAUUUAGCCCCUGAAUGUGUAGCGUCGGGAAAAACUGGUCCCGAAUCUGAUGUUUACAGCUUUGGAGCAGUGGCUCUCGAAAUAGCCUGUGGCAAGAAAGCAAUAGAUGAAAGCUUGGAAGAGUUCGACAUGCGGCUUGUAGCGUGGGCAUGGGAUCUGUAUAGCCGAGGAAGACUAUUGGAGGGUGCAGAUGUGAGAUUAAAUGGAGAGUUUGAGGAGAAAGAAAUGGAACGAUUGAUGGUGGUGGGGCUGUGGUGUUCUCAUCCUGAUGCUGCUAGUCGGCCCAUAAUGAGGCAAGUGGUGAGGUUACUGAAAUUUGAAGUUGCAGCGCCUGCUCUCCCCACUACAAUGCCUAUACCAUCAUAUGAUCGCGCUUCAAUUACCACCGGGCCUUCAGUUCCAGUGCAAUCUAUCACCACUUUGAGUCCAAGGUAG